AUGAAAUAAAUGUCAGUUUAAGUUUUUUUGUUACUGUUAUCGUUAGGCAUUACUUUUUCUGCUCACCAUAUAGAAAUUUCUCCUAUAGUUGGUGAAAGAGUCACUGCUUUUUCUUUGGUUGAUAACAAAACUGUUGCAAAGGCAUUUUAUACAAAUGCUCUUAACACAACUGGUUGGACAAUCCUGUCAAUAGAAACAAGUAAACAUUUUUCUGAUAGAGAUUAACUAUAUCAUGCUGGCUAUUUAGAAGGUUAUCUUACAUAUGACCUUAUCAAUUAUGCAUACUAUAAUUUCUUAAAUACUGUGUUAAAUGGAUAAGAGUUAAACGAAUUAUAGCAGUAAUUUAUAACAAAUCAAACAUAAUGGAUUGAAGGAUAAUUAUAAUAAAACAAUCAAACAAGCCAAGGAUAUUGGGGUUUAGUUGGUAGCUUAAUGUCUCAAUUAAAUGGAACUUAUGAUGGUUAUGUUGAUGCCAUGAGGAAGAAUCAAUAGCAAUAAAAUAUCUUAUCAUUCAAUCAAUUUUAUUACCUAACAAAUAUGGGCGAUCUUGAAGAUAUAUAAAAUGCUGUGCUAAAGACUAACAAAACUGAAAAAAAUUGUGAUGCUUAUGUAAAAUUAACUCAUAAUGAUCUCGUUUGUGCCCACAGUACUUUCAACAUUUAUUCUUUAAUGCUUCGUGUUUACAAAGCUUACAAAUUUGAAUUCCACAAUAAAGAUGUAAAAGCUUCAUUUUAGGCAUUUUCAAGUAGACCAGGAGAUUUAGAGAGUAAAGAUGACUUCUAUAUUUUAAAUAAUGGAGUUGUUGUAAUGGAGACUAGUUUAAAUAAUUAUAAUAAAUCCAACUACGAUUAUCUUCACUAUGACAGUGUUCCAUGCUGGAUGAGAGUUAAUUUAGCAAAUAGAUUAUCAUCAAACGGUAGUGAAUGGGCUUAGGUGUUCUCUAAUUAUAGGAGUGGAACUCACAAUAACUAAUGGAUUGUUGUUGAUUAUAACUAAUGGAGAGCAGGAAGUAGAAAAAAUAUUGUUUGGAUGGUUGAAGAAUCUUUUUAUUUAUACAAACCUAUUGAUGUCACUUACCAACUUUUCUCUUAAGGAUAUGUAGCAAGUUAUAAUGUGCCCUUUAAUCAAGAAAUAUUCAACAUCACUAUGUAUUAGUAAGGGUAUGGAUUCAAUUAUACUAAUGAUCCUAGAGCUAUCGAAUUUGCUUAAUAUUCUAAGAAUGUUAGUACUACUAAAGAUGUCAUGAAAUUAAUUAGAUUGAAUCAUAAUGCUACAGGAGAUCCAUCAGAUGCUAUAGCUCCAAGAUUUGAUUUAUUAAAUUAAGGAGCUUACACAUAUGGUGCUAUUGAUGCCAAAGUUACAAAUGAUAAAUUAUUAUAAGUCCUACAAAGCUUUAUGAUUAGUUCCCCAACCAAUGAUGGAUUACCUUAUUUCAGCUGGAAUAAUUGGAAUUCAGUACCUCAUUAAGGAAUGCCUGAUAACUAUAAUUUUGAUUGGAUUAACUAUAACUACAACAACUAAAAUUACACUUUUGUAGAGCAUAGUUCAUCAAAUCAAAUUAAAAAUCUAAGAGUUGAAUCUUAUUGA